AUGACUUCUUUGAUCUGCAACAGGUACCAACCGAAUAUCGCUACGGUGGCGAUCGAGUAUCCUCGGCCUUCUGUAUUGAAUGAUGUAAAAAUCACGGUAGAAAGUGAGAACGUUGUGCAAGAACUAGGAAAUAUUGUCCUUAAUAUAAAUUCUAUAAAUUUAAAUCAUGACGAAUCUUUCCCUACUUCAAACCAAGAUAUUCUCGUAUCUACGAAUACUCAAGACCCAAUUUCUGAUAUAGUCAUUGAUAAUGAAAACAAUACUAAACGUACAGAUAAAAAUAAUAUAACCCAGAACAAUAUGCAGCAAUCCAGUGCUUCUGCUACUCCAUCGUGUUCUUCAAAAGUGGUCAUACUCAGUAAUGUUCCAUAUCACGGUGAUUUGUUAAGUCAUAAAAAACGACAGAACAAGGCGACAAAAGAUUCAAAGAAAUAUAAACGCAAUGUUAAUAAAGAAUUACGGAUGAGAGGUGAAAAUUAUUUAGGAUACAGAAGAGACAGAAAAGCAAAGACUAAUGAAACAUUUAAAGUGAAACAAGACGUAUUUAAGCCUGCAAGAUCCAUGAAACCACCGUGCGCUUCUGCGUUUUGCAAAAAAUCCAAACUCAGAUCAUGUGACAACAUUAACGAACAACAGCGGCAAUAUUUGUUUGAAAAUUUCUGGAAGAACAUGAACUGGGAGCAGAGAAGAUCGUUUAUAACUUCUCACGUUAAUAAAGUACCAAAGAAAAUUACAAAAAAUCCAGAAUCAUCCAAAAGAAUUGAUAGUCGAACUUACGUUUUGACGAUUGAUAAUGUACGUCACCGAGUCUGUAAAAGAAUGUUCUUAGCUACUCUUGGUAUUAAAGAUUGGUUUGUCAGAUAUUGGCUGACAAAAACAGACUGUGCCAUGCCUACCGAUUUGUCUACUUCAACCAGUAAUCGCAGAAAUCCAGAGAAAAUUGAAGACCCCAAAUAUGUUGAAAAGUUUUUAGCAGGUUUUCCAAAGAUGCCGUCGCAUUACUGUCGUGCUAAAACAUCCCGA